GCGAGGCAAUCAAUCACACACACCUCAAACUACAACAACAACGUGUGGAAUUCUGAUUCCAAGCAAAUUAGAAUGCUUUCCAAGUCCUUUCUAUUCAAGUCUCUUGUUCUCCUCUUCUCUCGUCUUCUCCUAAAACAUUUCAGAAAACCAAAAGGUCUCCACAGAAGCUUCAGUAAUGCCAAUUCUUCACAAUCCAAAUUCCAAAGGUACCCUUCUCUUGCUCAAAGAUCAGACCUUUUGGACCAGACUUUGAUCUUUAAUGUCGAGGGAGCUCUUUUAAAGUCCCCAUCUUUGUUUCCCUACUUCAUGUUAGUGGCAUUUGAAGCUGGAAGCAUAUUGAGGGCCUUUGUUCUGUUUAUUUUGUACCCAUUUGUUUGUUUUGUUGGUCAUGAGAUGGGUUUGAAGAUUAUGGUCAUGGUUUGCUUUUUUGGGAUCAAGAAAGAGAGCUUUACAGCUGGAAGAGCUGUUUUGCCUAAGUUCUUUCUAGAGGAUGUUGGGUUGGAAAGCUUUGAGGUGUUGAGGAGAUCAGGUGGGGUGAGAGUGGGUGUGAGUGAUUUGCCUCAGGUAAUGGUGGAGUGUUUCUUGAGGGAUUACUUGGAGGUUGAGUUUGUGGUUGGGAGAGACCUCAAAGUGUGUUGUGGGUACUUUGUGGGACUCAUGGAAGACAAAAAGAAGAUUGUUCUUGAUGAGAUAUUUGAAGAUGAGCAGAAGCAGAUAGCUAGCAACAUCAUUGGAAUUAGUGGCUUCACCAAAUCUGUUGAUCAUCACUUGUUCUCUUAUUGCAAGGAGAUUUACUUGGUGAGUAAAGCAGACAGGAGGAACUGCCAUCAUCUACCCAGAGACAGAUACCCCAACCCUCUUAUCUUUCAUGAUGGUAGGUUGGCAUUCAGACCUACCCCUCUGGCCACUCUAUUCAUGUUUAUGUGGGUCCCAUUUGGGUUUACCCUAGCCCUCAUUAGGACCAUUAUCGCUUUAUCAAUGCCCUACAAUAUGCUCAUCCCUAUCUUAGCCUUCACUGGUCUGCGACUCAAGGUUAUAAAUCCCAACUUCCACAACCACUCGUCAGUUUCAAAGCCAGAGCUAGACAAUAGUAACAAACCCAAAGCCAAAGGCCAACUAUAUGUCUGUAACCACAGAACUUUACUGGACCCUUUAUACUUCUCUUUUGGUAUUAAGAAGCCCGUCACUGCAGUAACAUACAGCCUCAGUAGAAUGUCCGAGCUGUUGGCACCGAUCAGGACCAUCCGAUUAACAAGGGACAGAUAUCAAGAUGCUAAAAUGAUGGAGAAGCUGUUGAAUCAAGGGGACAUGAUUGUUUGCCCUGAAGGGACCACUUGUAGGGAACCAUAUUUACUGAGGUUCAGCCCAUUGUUUACAGAGAUGAGUGAUGAGAUAGUCCCUGUGGCAAUGGACGCACAGGUGAGCAUGUUCUAUGGCACAACUGCGAGUGGGCUCAAGUGUCUGGACCCACUUUUCUUUCUCAUGAACCCGUCACCUAGUUACACCAUUAGGUUCCUUGAUAAAGUCCGUGGGGCAACCACAUGUGAUAAAUCAAGGUUUGCGGUGGCCAAUCUUGUACAGAGUGAGCUUGGUAAGGCAUUGGGGUUUGAAUGCACUAGGCUUACAAGAAGGGACAAGUACUUGAUCUUAGCAGGCAAUGAAGGGAUUGUUCCUAAUGGUAAAAAAUUCUAGAACCUAAACAUGUAGUAUACUCUACACCCUGUAAUCUUACCCACAUUACUAUAUAUAUAUUUGUUAUGCAUCAACUCAUUUUAGAAUGACGGUUCUAUUGAAUUUCAGUGUUGCUGGGAUUGUGUGCGAAAUUUUAUCUGCCAUCCAUGGCCUCUUUGCCUUC